UCCAUCGAACAGGUUUAUAUACGCCUCUCGCCGCUGGGAAGCCCUCUUAAUCUUUGAAAGCCUUAUCUAGUUGUAGCGCCGAAACCAUGUCUACCUCUGCCGCUUCCUUGGCCCUUCCCACCUUCACUUCCAGAUUCCGGCCACGAUGCUUUGCCAGACAAGCCUUGCUCUCUUCCCAUUCCUCUUCUCUCCGACUAAAAUCCAGGCCCUUUUCAUUGUCUGCCUCUUUUCUUCGAUUCCACACGCCUUCACCCUCUCGUUUUAUCCCCAGUGUUGCUCUUUCUUCUGAGUUCGAACAAGAAGAGAUUGUGACUGAUGAAGACGAGCCUAGCUACUCCCCCGACCUCAAACUCUUCGUCGGUAAUCUUCCCUUCAGCGUUGACAGUGCCCAGCUGGCUGAAUUGUUCGAGAGCGCUGGAACUGUCGAGAUGGUUGAGGUAAUUUAUGAUAAAAUGACCGGAAGAAGCAGGGGAUUCGGUUUUGUGACCAUGUCUACCUCUGAGGAAGUUGAAGCAGCUGCUCAACAAUUCAAUGGCUAUGAACUUGAUGGACGGGCGUUGAGAGUAAAUUUUGGACCUCCUCCCCGGAAGGAGAAUGCCCCUUUCAGAGGUUCAAGAGGCGGUUAUGCUUCAGAUACUGGAAACCGCGUUCAUGUUGGUAAUCUUGCAUGGGGUGUUGAUAACUUGGCGCUUGAGACUCUGUUUGCUGAGCAGGGAAAGGUUUUGGAAGCAAAGGUAAUUUAUGACAGAGAAAGUGGAAGGUCAAGAGGAUUUGGAUUUGUGACUUACGGCAGUGCUGAAGAGGUUAACGGUGCUAUUGAGUCCUUAAACGGUGUGGACUUGAAUGGCAGAGCUAUUCGAGUGUCCUUAGCAGAUGCUAAGCCAAGGCGUCAAUUUUGAAUAUUUGACCUCUAAUAAGUAGCUUGUGAAGCAAUCGCUCCAUCUGGGCGUGUUGAAUGUGCGCCGUUCAUUCUAAUUCAGUGAUGCCUUGGAAGAUUGAAUUGUGGAGCUUUCUGCCAUUCUUCCUCUUCAAUCUAUACUAUGGGCUCUUGGUGUCUGCUUAAAACUGCUCCCGCUUGUUGGGAGAUUUACGUGGACGUGGGCGCACUUUAUUGGUGUUUUCACGCGGUUUCUAAAAGCACUACCUCAUUAUAGCUUGGUAGCAGUAUAUGUCAUCUUGAUAUGCUCAUUUAUUGCCUGAGGAUUUGAUUAGUGUGUUUAUUGAAGUUGGAAUGUAUUCACCAAAUAUAGCCCAUUUUGCUUAUGCACGUAGAUGAGUUCUGUGGUAUCUUAACUACCAGUGAUAUUGUAGAAGGAUUUUAUUACUGCAGAGUCGCAAGGAGAAUUAUUUACUUCUGUAUUUGUAAA